GUUUGGAUGCGUAGAAAAAUUAUGGGCCAUGUGUGGGAGCCAGGGCGGUGCUUCUCGAAUUGACGCGAUAGUGGUGCUUCUGGUUGCCGUCCUGUUGCCCUGCAGUUGGCUGCGAUGAUAUCGUAUGGUCCCGACUCAGGUACGGGUCGGUCCAGUGCGCUGGUUGCGGGGUAGAGAUAGACCUCGUCUAUUCCCAUAUGAAAUGCGAUAUUUGGUGCAGUCGCGCACCUUCAGCCCAAAGUCGACGAUUAAGAAACCAUUGCUAGUUUCUUUUGCACAGACGAGGCGCCUUGAUGCUCAGUACAGUAUUUGCUUUGUGCAUGGACAUCAAUCCUUUUCGUUCCCCAUCAAAGUCGACCGCCAACAGCACUCGCCCAGUCGAACAUGCUGCGAUAUAAAUAGGACGCCAGAAGAAGAGCAACAGCACCGACAAGAACAGCUCCUUCUUCCGUAUCACUCGCUCUCCACCUGUUAUCUCCAUCCUCCUCUUCCUCUUCAGACGAUCUCUGCCAUUCUCAAACCCAACUCGCACAUUCAUAUACCACUCGAAAUGUCCAGCUCAGGGACACCACUCUCAGAAACCCCACCACCGACCGACUUGGCUCAGGAGACAUCUGAUGCUACCUCCACAGCCCCCGCAGAACCCUCCGGACCUCCUGCAUCAUCUGCAACCGUCAUUGCAAACCAUAAGAAGAAGGACACCUCAAAAGGUACCCGCGUCAGUUGCACACUCGGCGCCCUUUACAAUAGCCUUCACACGAUAGUCUUUAUUCCAUCCUUUGUCUGUGCUGACAUUGCCUUCGUUCCCCUUUUCUAUCAUGGAUAGUGGUCGUCCGCUUCCGGGCCAUUGGAAACGCGCCCAUUCUGAAGCAAAAUAUGUACACCAUCACAGCGUCCAACAAGUUCAUGGCCGUUAUACAGUUCCUACGCAGGGAACUGAACUACAAACACUCCGAUCCUUUGGUACGCGUCCUUGCCCUGAACGAACUCUCUUUUCAGUUUGGUCCUCACGAGAUGACAGCACAUAUUGACUGACAUCCUACUUCCUCUGUCAUGCGAAUAGUUUUUAUACAUCAAUAGUGCAUUUUCACCAGCACCGG